UAGGUGAGCUCACCUGCCAGCCAUUGACAGGGCGGGGCGUGCGGCCCCAGCCUGGCUUGCGUGAUCAGGAGGAGAGCUGCGGGGACUUGAGGCCGAGCCAGACCGGAGGCCGCGUAGCUUUAACCGGUUGGCCCACACCUGUCCGGUGCCAGUUCCAGGCUGGGUUUGGGGCAGAGAAAGGAGCAAGACCAUGCCGGGGAAGGUGGGAGCUGCGCUGUGGAUGCUCUGUGCAAUCCUGGUAGCUGCCGACGCUAUUACCGUGGAAACCACACAGGACGUUCUCCGGGCUGCUCGAGGGAAGAGUGCCACCCUUCCCUGUACCUACAGCACCAAUGUUGCCGACCGAGACGGAUUCAUUCAGUGGGAUAAGCUCCUCAGGAGUCAGACGGAAAGAGUGGUCACUUGGAACUUCUCGACAAAAAAGUACAUCUACGGGAACCGUUACGAGGACCGGGUGAAAGUGUCCAACGCCGCGGAGCUGUCAAACGCCUCCCUCACCAUCGACCAGCUGACCAUGGAUGACAACGGCACCUAUGAGUGCUCCGUGUCCCUGAUGUCCGAUCAGGAUGUCACGGCCAGGUCUCGAGUCCGCCUCUUGGUCCUCGUGCCGCCCUCCAAGCCGGACUGCAGCGUCGACGGGGAGAUGGUGAUCGGGAACAACAUCCAGCUCAGAUGCCAGUCUGCAGAGGGCUCGCCCAGCCCCCAGUACAGCUGGAAGAGCUACAACCCCCAGAACCAGCAGCGGCCGCUCGCCCAGCCAGUCUCUGGCGAGCCCUUGCUUCUGAAGAACAUCUCCACGGAGAUGGCGGGCUACUACAUCUGCACCUCCAGCAAUGACGUGGGGACAGAGUCCUGCAACAUCACCGUGGCUCCCAGACCUCCUUCCAUGAACAUCGCUCUGUAUGCGGGCAUCGCGGGGGGUGUAUUUGUGGCCCUCAUCAUCAUUGGCGUCAUUGUCUACUGCUGCUGCUGCCGGGACAAGGGUGACAAGGCCGAGGACAUGGAGGGUGCACGUCCGAACCGGGCAGCUUACCAAGAGCCUAAAAGGCAGAAGGAAAUUUCCAGAGGGCGGGAAGACGAAGAUGACUAUGGGCAUGAGGACCAGAGGGGCUCAGGGCGGAACUCUCCAGAGCAGCCCUUCCAGUGAAGGGGGCCUGCUGCCCCGUGGAAGAGGAGGGAGGGCUAGGGCCCAGUCGCCUACCACUGGCCUCCUUCCUCUCCAGCCCCAUAGACCUGCCCCUGCCAGGCAUUGGUGGAGUACUUCUUCCCCUGUAUCUGCCUCUGGGGAGCAUCACUGGCUUGGAUACAGGGGUCCUACCUGUUACCUUGACAACCACACUGAAAGGACCUUUCCUCGUUGCUAUAUCUGACUCAGGGCCUGCCCUUCUCCCUAGCCAGACAGCAUCCUUCCUUAUCUGCCUCCCUUAUGGCUGGCGGAGGCUCCUGGAAAUCAGGCGACCAGGGGCUGGCUGCUUCUGUUAGGAGCAGUGCCAGCUUCAGCAGGGUGGGAGUCUGCCCUCCCAACCAUGCCCAGCACUCGGGGGAGGGCUUGUGAGUGAACUUGCACUCAAUAUUUUUGUUGAAUGAAGAAAAAAAGAAAUCAGUGGCAAGAUGGAAGUCUCCGUGAUUUACCCAGCUUAAUUGUGCCCUCCGUGUUUGGGGGUUACGGGGGCUCCAGCUUCUCCCUCAGCCUCAUCUCCCACCGUAUUGCGCCUGUUCCCAGAGACAGGACUUCCCCAAACACAACUGCAUCUGUCUGUCAAAAUCCUUCCCAUCCUUAUAGGCCAUUACUCUGGGAACACCCUCCCCCAAUUUUCCUCAGUCCUGUCCUGACUGCUACCAUGCAGGGAAAGUCCCUUUACCCCAUACCCAGACACCAGGCUUCAUGUCAGGCCAUCGGAGCUAUGCUGCCCACAGGGCCUGGGUCUUGGAGCCUGGCAGCCUCAUGGGUGAACAUGCCCUCAUGGGUAGGGCUUUGCCUCCUGCGUGUGACUUGGAACACCUGACGACUCCACUCAGGCCCUGUUCCAGCCUGGUAAGGUGGGCAGACUGAUUUAAAAUAAGCAUUCACACAGGCUUGCUUGCCUCCCACCUCUGCCCAGCCACCGGCCUCUGGAUGCCAGCCGGCCUGCCCACAGCCUCCCCUUUUGGUAGGAUCUCUCCUCCCUCCCCAGGACUCAGGUCAGAUGAGCUGCUCCAAAUUUUUUUUUUUUUUUUUUUUUAACCAUCAGAUAAACUUUUCUGCAUCAGCAGAAAAACAACUGUAAAAAAAUCUUCUUCUGGUUUUAUGUGCAUACAUGUUUUUAUAUACUUCUCUCAAGUCUUUGUUUCAUUCAAAAUGCC